AGCUGGCUACCCCACUGAGUGGAUAUCACAAGAAUGCUUUCAGCACCUGUAAAUGUUGCAAUACCGAUUUUGCCAUUAGGCGCCACCAUUAACCGCACCAUCGAAACUUGCACCAGCACUUUGGAGUCUGAAUCACAUGAAAGCAUGUAUACUGAUGCAAUAUUUGGUGCUUUUUCUGAAGAUGAGCUACAGGACAUUAUACAAGCCCUACAUGAGAGUACUCUGUGUGACACCAGUGAGAGUAAAUGCUCGAAGGACGUUGAAAAUCCUAUCAUAAACAUUGCAGUGACAGGAGAAUCAGGAUCUGGAAAAUCCACACUAGUUAAUACCAUUUGUGGUCUGGAUGAGGAUGAAGAAGGUGCUGCUAAAACAGGAGUGGUGGAAACCACAAAAUCAAUCAAAGCUUAUCCCCAUUCCAAACAUAGAAACUUGAUGUUUUGGGACCUUCCUGGUACAGGAACUCUCAAUAGUACAGCCAGCAAUUAUCUGCAAUCAGUAAGCUGCCAUCAAUAUGACUUUUUUAUUAUUUUAGCAUCAGAACGCCUACGGCACAAUGACAUUGAACUGGCAAAGGAGAUCUUGUCUAUUGGGAAGAAGUUCUUCUAUGUGAGGAACAAAAUUGACUCAGACUUGAAUGCGAGCAAAGUUCGCAGACGGAGGAGUUACAAUGAAGAAAAAAUAUUGAAAGAAAUUCGGGAUAAUUGCAUGAAAGGUCUUAGUGACAAUGGAAUAGGGCAACCACACGUGUUUCUUAUCUCCUGCUUUGACAUGGAAAAGUAUGACUAUCAUCUCUUGGAAGAGACAUUAGGAAAAGAACUUCUGAGCAAAGAAAAACCUCAAUAACUUGUAAAAAUACUGUAAUACUCGUGUGUAGUUCUUAAUAUUCAAUCAAUGUCUUAGGCUGUGUAAAAGGUCCAUAAUGGUUUGUCUACAUCCAAAUGUUUCCAUAUAAAUUUAUAGUAACUACGAUAAACACAUCUUUUAUUUUAUGAAACUUUAGCUCUCUCAAACAAUGGGGUAAAUUUACUAAGCUCCCGAUUUUGACCGAGAUGCCGUUUUUUCAUCAAAGUGUCAUCUCGGUAAUUUACUAAGCAAUAAUCACGGCAGUGAUGAGGGCAUUCGUAAUAUUUUGAAGUCCAAGAAAAAAAUCACGAAUGAAUACACCAUCGGUCAAAACGCGGCUGUUUAAGUAUGAAUCUCGGUCAUUUACUAAGAAGUGCACAGCAAAAAAAAAACAAACACUGCCGUGAAAAAUUACAACUCGUAAAAAAGUGCUAAAAAAAAACAGACCUACUUUUUUUUCCCGUGAUUGGAUAGGCAUGCAGGGAUCCAUGAGAUCCGUGCAUGUAUAUCAGUG